CUCAGGCUUUGCUUUCGGUUUUACGCCGAAGCCGCGCUGCGCGAUUUUGGUGUUUUGUCAUUGGUUUUUUGUUUUUUUGUCUGGUAUUGUCUGUGUCUGUGUUUGAAAAUAUGGGACAGUCCUUAACUACCCCUUUGAGUCUGACUUUACAGCACUGGAGGGACGUCCAGGACAUUGCGAACAACCAGUCUGUGGAAGUCCGGAAGAGGCGUUGGGUUACUUUCUGUUCAUCUGAAUGGCCCACAUUUAAUGUGGGCUGGCCAAGGGAUGGUACAUUCGACCUUAAUAUUAUCUCGCAGGUCAAAGCCAAAGUGAUGGACCCCGGCCCUCAUGGGCACCCAGACCAGGUGGCCUAUAUCGUGACCUGGGAGGCAAUGGCCUACGAUCCACCAUCCUGGGUUAAGCCUUUUGUCCCCCCCAAGCCCCCACUUCCUCCAUCUGCUCCCACCUUACCCCCUCCAGUCCCCUCCUCUCCAGCAGGACCCCCAACUCGCUCGUCUCUAUAUCCAACCCUUACUGACCCUUCAAAAACCAAACCUCCCCCUCCGCAGGUCCUGCCCGCAGGAGAUGACUUGCUAAUAGACCUCCUCAUGGAGGACCCCCCUCCCUACCGAGAACAGGUCCUCCCGCCUCAGGCAGCGGACUCGACCGAGGGAGGCGAGGGACCUGUCGCGCCAUCCCCUGCUGCCCCGUCCCCCAUGGCAGCCCGCUUAAGGGGACGGCGAGACCAGCAGCUGGCCGCGGAUUCUACUUCCUCUCAGGCAUUCCCUCUUCGGACCGGAGGAAAUGGCCAACUACAGUACUGGCCAUUUUCCUCCUCCGACUUGUAUAACUGAAAAAAUAAUAAUCCCUCUUUUUCUGAAGACCCAGUUAGGCUAACUUCUCUAAUUGAGUUGGUCCUAAUUACUCAUCAGCCCACCUGGGAUGAUUGCCAGCAAUUACUGCAGGCCUUGCUGACUUCGGAGGAGAAGCAGAGAGUCCUCCUGGAGGCCCGAAAGGUGGUUCGGGGAGCAGACGGACGUCCCACCCAGCUGCCUAAUGAGAUAGACGCCGCCUUUCCCCUCGAACGUCCCAAUUGGGACUUCACCACACAGGAAGGUAGAAAUCACCUAAUCCUCUAUCGCCAGUUGCUCAUAGCGGGUCUCCAUGGGGCGGGCCGACGCCCCACCAAUCUGGCGAAAGUUAAACAGGUACUGCAGGGACCAGGAGAAACUCCCUCAGCGUUCUUAGAGCGGCUCAAAGAAGCCUAUCGUAGAUACACCCCGUAUGACCCAGAAGAUCCAGGGCAAGAAACUAGCGUAGCUAUGUCUUUCAUUUGGCAAUCUGCUCCAGAUAUCAAACGCAGACUCGAGCGCCUAGAAAACUUAAGGGAGAGUUCGCUCAGGGACCUACUAAAGGAGGCAGAAAGAAUCUUUAAUAAACGAGAGACUCCAAAAGAGAGGGAGGAUCGUCUUAGAAAGGAGGCAGAGGAAAGAGAGGACCGUCGCAGAACGGAAGCUGAGAAAAAAGAAAAAAAAGGGACCGCAAGAGACAUAAGGAAAUGAGCAAACUCUUGGCCACCGUAGUUUCCAGUCAAAGACAGGGUAGACAGGAGGGAGACCGAAGGGGGCCCCAGGUGGAGAAAGAUCAAUGUGCAUACUGCAAGGAGAAAGGACAUUGGGUCAAAGACU